GCCUAAGGUGCGCGCCGCCGAGAGCAAGGAGCGCCCCGGAUAGGGCUCCUGAGAGGCCCGUCUAAAGGCUCAGCCAGUGAGGGAAGCCGGAGUUGGGUUGGGAGGCGGGCACCCGGAAGAGAAGAUGCUCUGUGCUGCGCGCGAGGCUCUCCAACUGGAAACGGAGGGGCGGAAAAAGGCGGCUGCGCGCAGGCACCAUGUUUCAGUUUUUGGUUGGUUUUGCACUUGGCAAUGUAGUUGGGAUGUAUCUGGCCCAGAACUAUGAUGUUCCGAACAUUUCAAAGAAGAUUGAAGACAUCAAGAGAGACGUGGAAGCUAGAAAGAAGCCUCCAAACGACAAAUGAUGUUUACCUAGCUGUCUCUGUAUUAAAUGUAGAUCAUGUAGUUUUGCCACUAGGUCGCAGAUGCCAAACCUUCAUGUGGCUUUUCUGGAUUUCCUCCAGAUGUGUAGUCUUGAAAAACCAAGCUGCCCUCAGGCUGAAGUGUCACCACAUCCAAGGGACCUUCUAGCACUUUCUGGAUAUUUGACUUCUUUUUCUUUCUUUCUUUUUACCCCAUGUGUAAUAAGAAAAACCAUGCAGGGAGAGACUGAGAGAUUGGACUAUUGUUCUCAGUGUUUGUUUUCAAUAAUAUUUUCUAUUCAGUAUUAAUUUGAUUUCGGAGUAGAGUAAUGAAAUUAAUUAUUCCAGUGUGACAAUCAGUAAUGGUCUGGCUGUAGAAGUGACUCAUGAAAGAAAUUAAAAUGCGUCAGGAAUUAGCAUCCAAAGAUUUUUAAUGGUAUUUUGAAAAUUAAUUCAGUAUUUUUUUGUACAACCUAUUUGUAACAUACUAAAUCACAGAUAAAAAUCCUCCUCUCUUUCCCCCCUCUGAAGUGAGAGGCUUUUUAUUUUAUUUUAA